CUCUUUCAUUUGAAGACGUCUCUUGAGGUAGGUACCUAGGGUCGUCAAUCUUCGAGGUGGAAAGAUACUUUCAAUAAACUUCUUUGUCAGUUAGCUUGAAGGGCAUAUGCUUUAAUAACGGAGUGAAGCUCUUUGCUACACUUCCUCGCUCAAGUUCAAAUUCUAUCAUGUCAACCUAGCCCAUGUGAAGGCAUCAUCAAAUCUCAUUCGUUCAGGACCAAGUUUGUUGAUGAGCGCCACCUUAUCGAGAUAAGAUCCUAAUGUUAGGAGCGGAAUAAACGCUCUGAGCACCUACAAGGGUGCCUGGCCACCACCGCCAAACUGAUCGUCCCUCGGCAUCAUGAUACCAAAGACAGUAACCCCAACUUGACCGUCUCGAACGCAGUCCUACAUAGUACCUCGCUUUUAUCAACUCACAUUGACUACAUAAAGUUUUUGUUCCCGUCUACUUUCAAUUGACCCUAAUAUCAAGUCUUAUUUAAUUCCUCCCCGAAUCAAUUGCCGAUUGAAAAUGCCCCUUGUCAAGAAUCAUGGCCGUCAAUACGACAUCGUUGUCCUUGGGGCAACUGGCUACACGGGAAAAUUGACGGCUGAAUACAUCUCAAUGCACCUUGCAACUGACCUCAAGUGGGCAGUCUCUGGUCGUAACGAGCCCAAGCUAAAGGCUGUUGUUGAAGAGUGUCGGGAGCUCAACCCUGAUCGACUGCCACCAGGUACCGCCCAACGAUAUUCCUUAUUGAUCCUAUAUAAUCCACAGGCUGAUGAUUACAAUUAGCCAUUGAGGUCGUAAACCUGAACGACGCCGAUUUGAGUGUUCUGGCAAAGAAGACGUGUAUUAUCGUAACCACCAUUGGACCAUAUAGCCUGUACGGUGAACAUGCUUAUAAGGCUUGUGCCGAGGCCGGAACCCACUACGUAGAUGUCACCGGCGAAGCUGCUUGGGUUCAUAAGAUGAUCAAGAAAUAUGAAGCAACUGCUAAACAGACAGGUGCCAUCUUGAUUCCACAAGCUGGAAUUGAGUCCGCUCCCGCUGAUCUCAUCACAUGGACCAUGGCCAAGGCUAUUCGUACUGACUUAGGCUCUCAGACAAGAGAUGUGGUUGUUUCUCUCCACAAAAUCAACUCGGCACCAUCCGGUGGCACACUCGCUACCGCCUUAAGCAUCUGGGAUGUCUUCUCGCUCCAGGAGAUCAAGGAGGCUAGUAGUCCGUAUGCCCAGUCACCUGUCCCCCACAACAACGAGCCCACACGGCCCAGGAGCUCCAUUCUCCAGAUGAUUUUUGGCGUUCGGACCAUACCAAAUCUUGGGCUCCAGACCACGUCUGUCACGAAUUCAACCGAUGUUGCAGUUGUUGAACGUACCUGGGGUCUCCUCUCCUCUACGCCAUCCCGCAAAGAUGAGUUUUAUGGUCCCAAUUUCGUUUGGGUAGAACAUAUGAAAGCCCGCAACUGGCUCCAUGGGAUCUUUAUUCAUUGGCUUCUUAUUGUCGGUGGGAUCUUACUCGUAUCAGUUGCACCAUUGAGGAACUUUCUCAAAAAGCGUGUAUAUCAGCCUGGGGAAGGUGCUAAACGUGAUGACACGGCCAAAGAUGAACUCGAGUAUCGUGGCAUCGCAUAUCCAGAUUCGGAGAAGGCUGCUGGCAAAGCAGCUUUCUGCCGUAUGUGGUAUCAUGGUGGCAUGUACUUCUUGACAGGAAUGCUCCUUGCUGAGAUUGCCGCAACAAUUCUUGAAGACGACAUUGAGCUCGAUGGCGGAUCUUAUACACCAGCGUGCCUAGGUCAAGGUUUGGUUGACCGCUUGGAAAAGUCUGGAUUCAGGACAGAUGUCAAGAUUAUUGAUGCUUGAACCCGAAUUAGCAAAGUAAAGACAGGACGUUUGCAUACGAUGGAGAAGCAAUGGAACAACAGAGCUACAUCACCUUUGCGCAGACGAAGAUCAUUCAACCCGAAACCAAUGAGGGAAAUCAUCUGCUUGACUGAUGUUUCGUCUCCUAGAUAAAUAUGUUGCCAAUCUGCAGUUUCACGCUCUUACGUCGCUGGCCCUUCAUUUUUACAUUACCUAGGCUCGCUCUCGGUCAGGCAUUCAAUGUUAUAUACUGGCGGAAGCUUCAUCAUACCUAAAUUCGGCCAUCGUUCACUCUUAGAUGGAACGUUUUUGAUAACUCGCCAAGCUCAGUGACUCCUAUUGACUUUCUUUGUCACUGAUAUUUGUGUCGUCAAAAUGCCAUGAAAUCUUCCUUCUUAUACCAAUGGUAGAAGAAACCCUGAGAGCUCGACCUGAGGCGACAAAAAUACCUUCAUAGAUUUAGCAUUUCUUAGGAUAAAGUUAGUAAAAUCUUCAACCAG